UAUUUAAUUAACACGCAGCCGUCGUCGUGAAGGCAACACCUUUAACGGAAAUGUGAAUGUGAAGUUGUGCGGGUUCCGUUUUAUAGCUCCUGGUUGCUAACGUAGGCUAGCAACGGGGCAAUGACACAGUGCACGAGACAGAGAGGGAGAUAGAGGAGGGAGAGGAGAGCUGCUACCGACAACAACAUCACAACAAUGCGAGGUGGUAAUCUGCUAACGGAGGACAACGGUAGUGUGUGUGAGAGAGAGUCUUCCCCCUACAAGGGUUGGCGAUUCAGUACCGGAUAUAAGUUACAGAGCGCUUCAUUUUGAUCGUUAAUUAACUACUUUGUUACCGAUUUUAACGCCCGCAGCUAACUAGCCCCACACACUCACGCAUCUUAACGUCAACGGCUAACGUCCAACGCAAAGUAACCAAAGCAACAACCUAACAUCAGAUGGAUCCUGGACAGGAUUUGCUUCUCGCUGCUCUCAGUGAGAGCGGCAUUUGCCCAAAUGAUAUUGGCAUAUUUGACGUUGAUUCUCAGGAUGUUGCACAGCCCUCUAAUACACAGCAAUCUAUCUCCAUCAGUGCCCUGGAUGUUGGUUUGGGGACUGAGUCAGUGGACGUUGCUCGAACUGAGCCUCCAGCUCCGGUCCCUAUAGUUACUAUCAGGCACAAACCUCAGCCAUCAACCACCACGUUUGUCUUAAAUCAGCUGAAUCAGUUGCCGUCACUCGGAACUACUGUGACCAAACAGUCCGUUACAAACCCCAUCAAACACACCAUAACUGUCACCAAGGUGGUCCACGUCACAAAUGCAGCCCUGCGAGGUUCACAGACACCUUCAACUACGAGUGUCCCUCCUUCAAUGUCCACAGUAGUGCCUUCGAACAAAGAGAUUCAGUUGAAAGACCUCCUAAGGACCGGCAGUGUGAGGACAGGCCUGAAGGGCAACAGUCUGAUGGAGCUCAUGAAGCUAAAGCCUCCACCCGACAUUGCUACACCAGUAGCAACGGCAACAGCCACAGGUCAGGGUGAAAUGAUCAAUGGAAUCAAAAAAGAGAUGCUGGGUAAAGAUGCUGCCAGAAUCUGGAUUAAUGACGACCUCAAAAUGCACAACUUUACACAUCCUCUGAAACUCCCAGGGAUGAAGGAGGAGGACGAGGCUGAGGAGGAAGAGGAGGAAGAGUUGGGUCAUGCAGAGACUUACGCAGAGUACAUGCCAAUGAAAUUAAAGGUUGGCCUGCGGCAUCCUGAUCCAGUGGUGGAGACCAGUUCCCUGUCCAGCGUAAACCCGCCAGAAGUUUGGUACAGACUGUCCAUCCCAGAAGAAGUCAUCGAUCGUGGCAGUCUGUCUGCUCUGCAGCUGGAAGCCAUCACAUACGCUGCUCAGCAACACGAGACAUUCCUCCCCAGCGGUGAUCGAGCUGCCUAUCUGAUCGGUGAUGGCGCUGGUGUUGGGAAAGGAAGAACGAUUGCAGGGGUCAUCUAUGAGAAUUACCUGUUAGGCAGGAAGAGAUCACUUUGGUUUAGUGUCUCAAAUGAUUUGAAGUAUGAUGCUGAAAGGGAUUUACGGGACAUCGGAGCCAAGAACAUCCAGGUUCAUUCACUGAAUAAGUUCAAAUAUGGCAAAAUCUCCUCAAAACACAACGGGAGCGUGAAGAAAGGCGUGAUCUUCGCCACCUACUCCUCCUUGAUAGGAGAGAGCCAAUCAGGAGGGAAGUACAAGACCAGAUUUCAACAGCUUCUCCACUGGUGUGGCGAGGACUUUGAUGGAGUUAUUGUGUAUGAUGAGUGUCAUAAAGCCAAAAACGUAUGUCCAAUUGGAUCAUCCAAGCCGACAAAAACUGGGCUUGCAGUGUUGGAACUGCAGAACAAACUCCCCAAGGCUCGUGUUGUGUAUGCCAGUGCUACAGGUGCCUCUGAACCCAGAAACAUGGCCUACAUGAACCGGUUGGGCAUCUGGGGACAUAAAACACCCUUCAGAGAGUUUGGCAACUUUAUCCAAGCUGUUGAGCGAAGGGGUGUUGGCGCCAUGGAGAUUGUUGCUAUGGACAUGAAACUGAGGGGGAUGUACAUUGCGAGGCAGUUGAGUUUCACAGGUGUGACUUUCAAGAUUGAGGAGGUUCCCCUUACUCAGAAAUACAUCCACAUGUACAACAAAUCUGUGAGGCUGUGGGUGAGCGCACGUGAGAAAUUCCAGCAGGCCGCCAACCUGAUGGAUGCAGAGCAACGCAUGAAGAAGUCCAUGUGGGGCCAGUUCUGGUCGGCUCACCAGAGGUUCUUCAAAUACCUUUGCAUUGCAUCCAAAGUCCGCAGAGUGGUCCAGCUGGCCAGAGAGGAAGUUCACAACGGAAAGUGCGUGGUGAUCGGUCUUCAGUCCACCGGAGAAGCUCGAACACUCGAGGCGUUGGAGGAAGGAGGAGGAGAACUCAACGACUUUGUUUCAACUGCAAAAGGAGUGCUGCAGUCGCUGAUUGAGAAGCACUUUCCAGCUCCGGACCGACAGAAGCUCUACAGCCUGUUAGGUAUCGACCUCUCAGUGAAGAAGACGCCGUCUCCCAGCGAGACUGCAGCAGAGCUUGAACAGAAGGGCAAGAAAAGGAAAGGCUCAGAGUUGAAAAAGAAGCAGAAAAAGAAGCCUCGCAAGCACGGCGGUCUGUCGGGUACCAGCUCAGACGAGAGCCAAUCAGACGAGUCGGACGGAGAAUCUGGUAAAGACAGCGACGACAGCUUUAAAUCUGUCAGCUCAGCGGAUGAAGAUGAUGAUUUCAACCCUUUCAGAGACGAGUCUAAUGACGAUGAGGAAGAUGAUCCUUGGCUUAUCAGAAAGGAACCAAAGAAAGGGAAAGAAAAGAAGAAGAAGAAAAAGAGAAGGAAGAGUAUUGAUCCAGACUCCAUUCAAAGUGCCUUGUUAGCUUCAGGGUUGGGCUCCACCAGGCCUGCUUUCACUGCCCCUGUUAUCCCUCCCACCGUGGCUGCCCCAGUCAAAGUCGAGGCUCAGGAUAGCUGCCUAACAAGUCAGGACGCAGUGGAACACGCCCAGAAAAUGAAGAAAGAUCUUCUGGAAAAACUCGAGGAGCUUGCUGAGAAUUUACCGCCCAACACUCUGGACGAGCUGAUAGACGAGCUGGGAGGACCUGACAACGUAGCCGAGAUGACUGGCCGUAAAGGUCGCGUGGUCAGUAACGACGACGGCAGCAUCACCUACGAGUCUCGCUCUGAGCUGGACGUCCCGGUGGAAAUCCUCAAUCUCACAGAGAAACAGAGAUUCAUGGAUGGAGAGAAGCACAUUGCCAUCAUCUCAGAAGCUGCCAGCUCGGGUAUUUCCCUGCAGGCCGAUCGCAGAGUGAAGAACCAGCGGCGGAGAGUCCACAUGACCCUGGAGCUGCCGUGGAGUGCAGACAGAGCUAUACAGCAGUUCGGGAGAACUCACAGAUCAAACCAGGUCACGGCUCCAGAAUACGUCUUCCUCAUAUCGGAGCUCGCAGGAGAGCAAAGAUUUGCCUCCAUUGUUGCCAAAAGACUUGAGAGCCUGGGCGCUCUCACUCACGGAGACAGACGAGCAACUGAAACUCGAGAUCUCAGCAGGUUUAAUUUUGACAACAAAUACGGCAGAAACGCUCUGGAAAUUGUGAUGAAGUCGAUUGUGAAGCUCGACUCUCCUCUAGUGCCUCCGCCCUCGAACUUUAAAGGGGAUUUCUUCAAAGAGAUCCAGAGUGGAUUAAUAGGUGUCGGCCUCAUAAAUUUGGAGGACAGAUCUGGCACAAUGUCACUGGACAAAGACUACAACAACAUCGGGAAGUUCCUGAACCGUAUUCUAGGCAUGGAGGUCCAGCAGCAGAACGCCCUGUUCCAGUAUUUCUCCGACACUCUGGCAGCCGUCAUACAGGAAGCCAAGAAGAACGGCAGAUAUGACAUGGGCAUUCUUGAUCUGGGCUCUGGUGAUGAGAAGGUGAAGAAGAUGGACUGCAGGAAGUUCUUGACACCAGGCUAUACCACAUCUGGACACGUUGAGCUCUUCACAGUCAGUGUAGAGAGAGGAAUGUCGUGGGAGGAAGCUACGCAUGCCUGGGCAGAACAGAACGGACCAGACGAUGGUUUCUAUGUGCAGAUGAGGAACAACAAGAAAACGGCCAUUCUGGUCAAAGAGGUGAACACCAAGAAGAGGCUGUUCCUCGUCUACAGGCCCAACACGGGCAGGCAGCUCAAACUGGAGACGUACGCAGACAUCAAGAAGAAGUUUAAGAAGGUCUUGUCAGAAGACGCCAAGCAGCACUGGACGGACCAGUACAAGCUGUCAGCAAAGAUCUGCUCUCAUGCUUUUUGGCGGGGUAACUGUAAGAAGGCGUCGGUGGGUUUAACCUGCGAGAUCGGCCUUCGGUGUCGGACGUACUUCGUUCUGUGCGGCUCGGUGCUCAGCGUGUGGAACGAGCUGGAGGAAGUUCUCACUCCGGUCGGAGGAACCAACGUGAAGGUGCAGAUUGUCCGUCUCAGAACAGAAGACGGACAGAGGAUAGUUGGUCUGAUCAUUCCAGCGAACUGUGUGUCUGCGUUAAUCAACAAGCUCUCCACAUCGGACCAGAGCCAGCAGCUUGCUGUGCAGGAGCAGCAGAAGAGGCUUCAGCUGCACCCCCAAAGUUUCAGCCACGCACCCAACACAUAGUCUGAGCUGGACCACUCCAGCUUCACGGGCUCCGAUCCCACGAGUUCACGUCCCCGCACCUGAAAGGGGAUCUGGCUCUCGUCCGUAUCUCUCUCUCUCUGCACCGCAGACUCCAGGACCGCUGUCCCCCUGUUCUGCACCCUCAACGCCCCCCCAUCGCCUCCGAGGGUCAGAGGCGUCGCACCCAGCUGUGACCGUUCUCACUUGUAAAGCAGUGGUUGUACAGAGAAAAGAUUUCAGGGUUGUUGUUUUUUAGUUUUUUUUCCUGUUCUUUCAUUUUUUGUUCUUGUUUUAACCUUCGAGAGACUCGUGUUUAUCACCUAGAGAGAUUUGACGGGUGAUGUAUCGUCCUCUGACAUUCAGAGUGAAAAGAUUAGUGAUUAUAUUGAUUCAGACAGAUGUGACAGAGUUGAAACGUUAGAGGGUAAUGUUGGCCACUUCUCGCCCUGCAUCACGCUUUAAGCUCUUUAUACUUUGUGCCCGAAUUUUAGUCCGGACUGUCUGCUAUGAAGCUUCUUUUUUUUUUUUUUUUUUGGGUCCAAACCAAAAGUGGAUAAAACAAAGACUCCAAAUUUGGAUUCAUUAAAAAAAAGUGCAUUAAUGCUUAAAAAAAAAAAACUACAAUCCUAUAUUAAUAUAUGAUGAAGACCUUUAACUUUAACUCCUCAGACAUUCACUACAUGUGCAGUGAAAGUGUUCAGUGGUAACUACAGGAAAGAAAAGGUGUGUGUGCUGUUUUUUUUCGUUCAUUGUAGUCGCUCAUGAGACAAAGACCAAAAAAAACAACAACAUUAAAUCAUUCAAUUAUCACAAUCCUUUUCCUUCCACUUCUUCCCCGCGUGGGUCUCACAUUUAUUAAAGUUCCUUGGUGGUUUGGUUUUAUAUCAAACGUCUCUGAACUUCCUUUUUUUCUUUUUCUUCCUCCUUCUUUUGUCCACAUUAUUUGUAACAUUUAUCAACCUUGUGCCUUUUUGUUUUUGUAUCAGUGCACAUAGUUACUACCCCUCAGACUAGUGUCCGUUAUCUGGUGGCAAACCUGUUUCUAUUUAUAGAGCAUGAGAUUUAGGAAAAGUUACACAAAGAAAAGACAAUAAUGAAGGAGUAGGAAGUCUGAGUGAGUUUUUUGGGAGUGAACGGGGCAACACGCUUACUAAUGACAAGAGAAAGCAGCAGCAGUGUUUCCCACAUUAAACUAUUAUUAUUAUUAUUAUAUUAUUAGUCUUCUUUCCUAAAAGUGAUAUGUGAGCACUACUUAUCCAGUUCUCCUCGUAAAUAGCGGAUAUAUUUGCAAGUCUUACAAGUAAACUGAAGCUCUUGUGUGUGUGUAUACUUGAGAAUGUGUCACAAAUACAACGUUUCCUCUUUGGAUUUUAAUCUAUCAGCGUUCAUGUGAAAUCCAGUUUUGUUUUUAUGGUUGUAUUUAUUCAGUUUUUGUCUCGGAUCUUGAAAAGUUAAGUUAGUUGGACUCUACAUAUCUGUCACUUCAAAAGGAGGAGAAAGAAUGAAGUAUAAUAAUAAUAAUAAUAUUAAGAGGAACAGAAGGAUAAAAAAGAGAGAAGCCAAGGAAUUUCUUGAGAAAUGUGAAACGCACAUCCUCGUUUUUUUUUUUUAAAUCUUCACGCAGGUUUCAGAGUAACAUCAGUCUCGAGCACUGCUCUGUUAAAUGUUCUUUUUAUUUUAUUUUUGUUGCCUUUUUUCUUCUUUUUUUUUUUUUAACAAAGAAAAAGGAAUUCAGCUCAGGGUUUAAACUCAUACAAAGACCCUCAAAACUAAACAAAGAUUUUGUUUUUCUUUUCUACAGAGUAUCUUAAAAUGCAUGACCAUAACUCCAAAUACUCCUACACCACCUCUCCUCCCUAAUUAUUCCUCUGCUUUUCCGGAGCCGAGUUUGUAAUUUAAAAGCAAAAAAAAAACAAGAAAAAAAGGACGAUAGCUUCUGUUAAAUAGUGUAUACCUCUACUCUUUUUGCCUUCCUCAGUCUCCUGUCUCGCAUUAUUAUUAUUAUUAUUAUUAUUAUUAUAGAUCUGCACUGGAAUAGGGACAGACCCCCCCCCCCCCAAAAAAAAGAAGUCUGGAUACAUAAGCUGUCCUAAUAACAAAAGGUGUGUGUGUGUAUGCUCAGACACAUCUUUAAAAAAAAAAAACAAGCCUGUGGGUUAGUUGUUAUUAAGGAUAAAAGUGUAUUUCUCUCCUGUUCUUUGAUUGCAUUUAAAAGGUAUAAAACACGUGAAAUAAGAAGGAAAGAAGUCUUUGUAUCACACCCAUGUGCAUUUUUUUUGGUACACACUUUGUAAAUGGAUUGAAGAGAUACUUUCAACAACGCAGCACAUCUCAAAAACUGUUGGAUGAUAUUUAGUCUCCUCUUUAAAUUGGAAAUAUUUCACCACAUAUACACAUAAGCCAACAACUAUUUUAUUUUUAUUUUUUUGAGAGAUGUUUCUGUACAAAAUGUGCUGCUGCUGACGUUUUACAAAGUGUCACGGCAGAUAUCGGGGCUCUUACUGAAGUUAUGAAACACUUGAAGGACUUUUUAUUAUUAUUUUAAUUUAAUUUUUUUUUUGGUUCCUUUUUAAUCAUUGCACGAGUUGCACUACUGACAAAGAGUUGUACAAAAUAAAAACAAACAAGAUUGAAACAUUACCUGUACAUGAAUGAGUGCAAUGCUCAAUAAAGCUUGGUAUACUUCUA